AUGAAACUCGACCACCUCCCCGUGGAGCUAAUUCUCCAAAUUGUUCCCUUCCUAAAGAAACAUGAUUAUGCGCAACUAGUGCUGGUUUGCAAGUCCUGGUACUCCCUAUUCAUCCCCCAUCUAUACCACCAUGUUGUGCUUCCCUUGAACCAUUACUGUGGUUUCGGAUAUGGUCACAAGCGCUAUAGCAAGGAUCUUCCUGUGCGUCGGUUCACCUUGGCUCUGCUUGAGAAUCCAACCCUUGCUCCCUUGAUCCACUUUCUGCAGCUUUAUCCUAGUGAUUGUGAGGGGAAAUGGCAGAAUCGGCCUCCGCUAAAGCCGGUGGCUGAAGAAAAAUACCUCCCUUUCAUGCUGCCCUAUGGCGAUGCUAAGCGCAAACAUCGUCGCAAGUUCCAUGCAUGGCGCCGAGAUCUUAGACACAGAUCCGAGCGACAGGACUGGUAUCGGAAAUACCGAUACGAAGAUGCCUGGCUAGCCUUGCUCAUGGUACAAGUCAAGAACCUCGAGACGUUCGCCAUCCAAUUACCCGAAGAGUGGGACCACAUUGUUGACGAAGGAGAACCCCUACUCAAAAACUCUGUCCACUUUGAACGUGUCAUUCAAUGGGCUAGUAACCCGAAGCUGGGCAUUCUCACGUACCUAAAGCACAUUUCGUUGAGGGAUGGCCCAGAUUUCUGGGAAUAUCGGACUUCCGUAGGCGCAGUUCCCAUGAACCGGCUGCUUCCUUAUCUCCGGAUUCCGUCACUGCGAAAGCUUUAUGUGCAUAAUGUGUGUGAUCGAUCCCGAUUCCACAUGCCUAAAAGUUUGGUUCUUCCACUGACCCAUCUGGAUCUUAUGGCAAAUGAUGAUGACCUGCCUAAUCUCCCCAGCCUGCUGGAAAGGUGCCCGAACCUGCAGUCAUUCACCCUUGAAGUGGGCGACGGGACGGCGAAUCAUACUCACCAAUACCUGAAUCACUCGCGCCUAUACCAGCCCUUGCGACGAUCUCAAUUGUCGUUGCGUUACCUGAACCUAAUUUUCCUGAGCGACCGGACCUGGCAGGAUGCCGAAAUCCCAAGCCCUAUCUUCUUCGGGAGCCUGACUGAGUUUCGUAAUCUCCAGACCAUCCAUAUGCGGUGGAGUAGCUUGUUGCCGUUUCUCGGGAGCGGUUCCUACGAUCCCGAGAAAUCUCUUCGGGAGCUGCUUCCUUGCUCUCUGCAAUAUCUCUUCAUUCACGAUUGCUUGAUCCAAUCCUCGUUGGCCUUGUGCAGGGAACUCGAAACCCUGGAGAUACACUAUUUCGAGGCCGUCCCUUUGCUCAAGGCGCUAUAUCUUGAGUAUGCUGUUAGAGAGCAAGCACCAGGACAGGGGUGUAUGAAGUGUGUUAGCGGUCAUUGGUCCAACUAUCGAAUGAUGGAAACAGACCCCGUCAUCGAUCGCCGUCUACUGGACUUGCAAGGGAAAUUCCGUACGUUGGGCGUGGACUUCCGGAUUAUCGAACCAGGAGCCACGGCGAAACCUUUCCCUCUAGACGGUGCGAUCAGGACGAAGUGGCCUUGGGAGACUUUUGAUGGAGUUUUGAUGUAG